UCUUACAAAUUCGCUACUUUUAGAGCGUCAACUCGCUACUUUCCGCAAGUUGGAGCUGGCAACCCUGACGAGCAAGGUGUGUGUGGCCGGCCAUGGACGGGGCAGCAGACUCCACCAAAAUGAAAGUUAUCGCCUCAAAAACCGACCCUCCCUUAGGGGCAGUUCUGACGUGUUCUAAGGCUGGCCUUUCUGUGGAGUUUGGGAAAGAGACCAAUUUAGCUCUUACCGACACCUUCAGUGUCACUUCGUCACACGGCAUAUCGAGACACGUGGCCCGAGUCAACCCCUCCUUAGAACUGUAUCCUUGCCACAUCCUCCAUAGAACUGAGGUGGAUCACUGGCUUUCUACAGCAUCAGGUCCAUUGUCUUGUGGAGGGGACAUAAAUGGCUCUCUAGCCCAGCUGGAUAAGGCUCUGGCUCCCUCAGAUGUGCUGGUGGGAAAUCAUAUCACUGUUGCAGAUUUUGAAGUGUUUGCUGCUCUUUAUAAAAAUGCAGCAUGGCACAAGCUGUUGAAUGAUGAUAAAGCCCCGGUGCAUGUGCUACGUUGGUAUAACUCCAUGGAGGCUCAGGUUGGCAGUGUGAUUGCAGCACUUCCAGAGGAGGUGAAAAAAGCCUUUGAUUUCUCCAAGACCUCUCCAGCUUCACCUAACAAGUCAGCAUCGAAUGCUAAGAAACAAGAUGAUGGAGGGAAGUUUGUUGAGCUUCCUGGAGCCAAGAUGGGGGAGGUUGUUGUCCGUUUUCCCCCCGAAGCUAGCGGAUAUCUCCAUAUUGGCCAUGCUAAAGCGGCUCUCCUGAAUCAGUACUAUCAGUUGGCAUUUAAGGGGAAAUUGGUGAUGCGAUUCGAUGAUACCAACCCAGAGAAAGAGAAACUGGACUUUGAGAAGGUUAUUUUGGAGGAUUUGAAGUUACUAGAGAUCAAGCCAGAUGUUUUCACCCACACUUCGGAUUACUUUGACCGCAUGAUAGAGAUGUGUGAGCAACUUAUCAAGCAGGGCCAUGCAUAUUGUGAUGACACUGAUGGUGAGACUAUGAAGAAAGAGCGUGAAGAGAGGAAAGAAAGUAAAAAUUAUAACAACUCCGUAGACAAAAAUUUAUCUAUGUGGGAGGAGAUGAAGAAAGGAACCGAUUAUGGCAUGACUUGCUGUGUGCGGGCCAGGAUUGACAUGAAGAGUGACAAUGGCUGUAUGCGUGAUCCUGCGAUCUAUCGCUGUAAAAAUGAACCCCAUGUCAAGACAGGCUACAAGUACAAGGUGUACCCUACAUAUGACUUUGCCUGUCCUAUUGUAGAUAGUAUAGAAGGGGUCACCCACACACUCAGAACAACAGAGUAUCAUGACCGUGAUGACCAAUACUAUUGGUUUAUAGAGAAACUUGGACUAAGGACGUUGCACAUUUAUGAGUAUUCACGUCUGAACAUGAACAAUACUGUUCUCUCAAAGCGAAAGUUAACUUGGUUUGUUGAUGAAGGGCUUGUUGAUGGAUGGGAUGAUCCCCGAUUCCCAACUGUUAGAGGAAUUUUGAGGCGUGGUAUGACUGUGGAAGGACUGAAAGAUUUUAUUAUUUCACAAGGUUCGUCUCGUUCUGUUGUGAACAUGGAGUGGGACAAGAUUUGGGCUUUCAAUAAGAAGGUGAUUGAUCGUUAUGCUCCUCGUUAUACAGCCCUUCAAGGUGACUUAGUACCUGUUCUUAUCAAUGGCAUUAAUGAGGAGGCCACUACGGCCCAGAAACAUCCUAAAGAUUCGUCUAUUGGCAUGAAAACUGUGUGGAUUGGGCCUCGUGUCCUAAUUGAGAGUGCAGAUGCUGCUGAAUUGAAGGAAGGGCAAAAUGCUACUUUCAUCAAUUGGGGAAAUAUUAGGAUUAAGAAAAUCAACAAGGGAAAUGGUAAAAUAGAGUCUAUUGAUGCUGAACCUAAUCUUAAUGACACAGACUACAAGAAGACACUAAAGCUCACUUGGCUUGCUGAUACUGAAAAAUCUCCCACCACACCUGUUGUUUGUGUGUACUUUGAUCAUCUUAUAACUAAGAGUGUUCUUGGAAAAGAUGAAAACUUCAAAGAUUUCAUUGGACACAACACCCGUGCUGAAGUGAAAAUGAUUGGUGAUACUGAGCUGCAAAAUCUGGUUGCUGGAGACAUUAUACAACUGCAAAGGAAGGGAUUUUUCAGAGUGGAUGAGGCUUACAAGCCAGUAAGUCUGAGCAGUUGCCGUGAGAGUCCAGUCAUACUCUUCUUCAUUCCAGAUGGUCAUUCAAAGGAUAUGCAAACUGCUUCAUCGGUCAAAAAAUCAGCAGGCAUGAGUGAGAAAGAGAAGGCCAAGAGUGCUCAAGGCAAAAAGGCAGAGAAAAGUCCUCAGGAUGAAAUAAAACCUGUUGUUGGGGGAGCAUCUGGUAUGUCUCUGGGACAGAGUUUAUUAAAUUCUAUCAAGGAUCAGGGUGAUAAGAUUAGACAGUUGAAGAGUAGCAAGGCAGAUAAAAAUGUUGUGAUGGCCGAGGUCGAGAUUCUAAAGCAAAUGAAAAAAGAUUUCCAUGAUGCAACUGGAAUUGAAUGGAAGCCGGAUGUUGUUAUUCCUUCUGCUGCUGCAGCUGUAGUAUCUGCUGCUCCGGUGUCUGUUGCAGGAACGAAUGCUGGAGAAAUACUUUCUCAGAUUAAAACACAAGGGGACACUGUUCGGAACCUGAAGUCCAACAAAGCUGACAAAGACUCCAUCAAACAAGCGGUUGAUAUUCUUUUGGAUCUGAAGAAAAAGUUUAAAACAGUCACAGGUGUUGAGUGGAAACCUGACAUUGACAUAUCUAAGCUUGGCGCUAAUACAUCAACACCACCUACACCAUCUGUUGUCAGUGGAAACUCGUCAACAACACCUACACCAUCUGUUGUCAGAGGAAACUCGCCUCAUGACUUGCACAACAAAAUUAAGGAACAAGGUGACAAGGUGAGGACUUUGAAAACCAGUAAAGCUGAAAAAGAUGUUGUGAAGCAGGAAGUUGAUAUACUUUUAUCACUGAAGAAAGAAUUUAAAGAACUUACAAGUAGUGAUUGGAAACCUGAUAUUGACAUGACACAAUUCAGUUCAAAAUGUGAUGGAACUACAGCUAGCACUGCCAGUGUAGGCACAGGUGCUAAAGCCAUUGAUCUUCAUAUGCAGAUCAAACAACAAGGGGAUGCUGUGAGAGAAUUAAAAGCAAAUAAGGUUGACAAAGAUACUGUUAAAAAGGCAGUUGAUGUGCUUUUAUCUCUCAAAAAGCAAUUCCAGGAAUGUUCAGGUGUUGCUUGGAAGCCUGAUAUUGAUGUGUCACAGUUUUCCAAAGAUGAUGCAACUUCGGGUAGUAAGACGACCUCACCUAAGAAGGAAGGUGGUGGUGAAGUUAAACCUAAAACUGUGGAGAAUAGGAAGACAAAGGAACAAUCACCAGUUAAGAAUGAAGUAAAAGGACCUGCAAAGCAGGAUGGGAAUAUUAAGAAACAAACAAGGUUGGGACUAGAGGUGAAAAAAGAGCAGAAUUUGGCCGAGUGGUAUUCUCAAGUAAUAACAAAGUCUGAGAUGAUUGAAUACUACAAUGUAUCAGGCUGCUACAUCCUUAGGCCAUGGUCAUAUGCCAUAUGGGAUUAUAUCAAAGAUUUCUUGGAUAAAAAAAUAAAAACCUUAGGGGUUGAAAAUUCUUAUUUCCCCAUAUUUGUUGCACGAGAAGCUUUGGAGAAGGAAAAGACUCACAUUGCAGACUUCUCUCCAGAAGUUGCUUGGGUAACAAGAUCAGGAUCAAGCGAGAUGGCAGAGCCUGUUGCUAUUCGUCCAACAUCAGAAACUGUGAUGUAUCCUGCUUUUGCUAAAUGGAUACAGUCACACAGAGACUUGCCAAUGAAACUAAACCAGUGGAACAAUGUUGUGCGAUGGGAGUUCAAGCAACCUACUCCAUUUUUGAGGACUCGGGAAUUCUUGUGGCAAGAAGGACAUACUGCUUUUGCCACUAAGGAAGAAGCUGAGGAGGAAGUGUAUCAGAUAUUAGAGUUUUAUACUCAAGUGUAUGAAGAUCUCUUGGCUGUUCCAGUUGUGAAAGGCAAAAAAACUGAGAAAGAAAAGUUUGCCGGAGGUGAUUUUACCACUACUACGGAGGCCUUUAUAUCAGCAAGUGGCCGUGGCAUUCAGGGAGCAACAUCUCAUCAUUUAGGACAGAAUUUUUCAAAAAUGUUUGAAAUUAUUUUUGAGGAUCCAGAAACCCAACAGAAGCAAUACUGCUAUCAAAACAGCUGGGGAUUGACUACCCGUACCAUUGGAGUAAUGAUAAUGGUUCAUGGUGACAACAAAGGACUUGUGUUGCCGCCCAGAGUGGCUUGUGUACAGGCAAUCAUUAUGCCGGUUGGAAUUACUGCUAAAUCAUCUGAGCAAGACAAAUCAAAACUCAUGGAUGCUUGUAAUAAAUUAGCUUCCGAUUUGACCACUGCAGGAGUACGUGCUCGGUGUGAUCUACGCGACAAUGUUACUCCUGCUUGGAAGUUCAAUCACUGGGAGCUAAAAGGUGUACCCCUACGAUUAGAGCUGGGACCACGCGAGGUUGCUACUGGUCAAGUAUUUGCUGUACGUCGUGACACCGCAGAAAAACUAGUCUUGAAUAGAACUACCGUUGGAGUGGAAGCCCAAACUCUUCUAGACACCAUUCAUAACAAUUUACUAUCACGAGCACGAAGUGAUCUUGACUCGCACAAAGUAAAAGUAAACAGUUGGAGUGAUUUUACCAGCAAUUUAGACAAAGGCAACAUCAUCUUGGCUCCUUUCUGUGGGCAAGAACAAUGUGAGGAUGCUAUAAAAAAGGAUUCUGCGCGGGAAGAAACUGCCGAGCCAGGAGCACCAUCUAUGGGGGCAAAAGGCUUGUGUAUACCUUUUGAACAGCCAGGGGAAGUAAAUGGCUUGUCAUGUAUCCAUCCAUCAUGCAAGGCCAAACCAUUGUACUACACACUUUUUGGGCGGUCAUAUUAAAGUACACUCGGGACACCUCUUGUUUAAAAUAGUGUUCAGAAUAUUGAUCAUAUUUAAUUGAAAACAUAUGAUUGACAAAAUAAUAAUAAUUCUUUGUUAUUUUCAAUACAAUUUUAAAUAAUUUGAGGGACUGGAUGUACUGUAUGCUAUAUAUAUUUAAAAGUAUAUAAAUAAUAUUUACUUCAUAUUUAAAGUAAUAAAGCAAAUGGAAUGGUGAAA